AAAGACCCUCAGGCCAUGAGGACCGGGCAACGACAGAACAAAGGCAUGAGGACUCGACUGGGGUGCCUAUCGCACAAAUCAGACUCCUGCAGCGACUUCACAGCCAUCCUUCCUGACAAACCCAACCGUGCUCUCAAGAGACUCUCCACAGAAGAAGCAACAAGGUGGGCAGAUUCCUUUGACGUGCUGCUCUCUCAUAAGUAUGGGGUGGCAGCCUUCCGUGCCUUCCUGAAGACAGAAUUCAGCGAGGAGAACCUGGAGUUCUGGCUGGCCUGCGAGGAAUUCAAGAAGACCAGGUCAACGGCAAAGCUAGUCACCAAGGCCCACAGGAUCUUUGAGGAGUUUGUGGAUGUGCAGGCUCCACGGGAGGUGAAUAUCGAUUUCCAGACCCGAGAGGCCACGAGGAAGAACAUGCAAGAGCCAUCCCUGACUUGUUUUGAUCAAGCUCAGGGCAAAGUCCACAGCCUCAUGGAGAAAGACUCUUACCCUAGGUUCCUGAGGUCCAAAAUGUACUUAGAUCUGCUGUCCCAAAGCCAGAGGAGGCUCAGCUAG